UAUCAUGAGGUUAGGAAUUACUGUGCAACGUUACUGGAGCGUAGAAAUGAACAUUAGGGGCGAGAACAAUUUCAUUGACCAUCAACCAAUUACAUUUACAUUACAAAAACCCUUCACCCUUCUUCUGGUUCCUCACCAAAAUCUUCUUCAACAUGGUUCCUCGCCAUUUGGUUUCACUCUUCCUUUGUUUCCUCUGUCUUAUCACUGAUAUCUCUGUUUCUUCUGUUCGAUUAACCGACUUGUACCAAGAUGCCAAGGCCACGCAUGAAUUUGUGCUUAGAUCGAACAGAGGAGUCUCUCCAGUGAAGUUUGAUCCCACACGGGUUACUCAGCUCUCGUGGCGGCCUAGGGCUUUUCUGUACAAGGGAUUUUUAUCUGAGGAAGAAUGUGACCACAUGAUAAAUCUGGCUAAGGAUAAGCUAGAGAAGUCUACGGUGGUGGAUAAUGAAUCUGGUAAAAGUGUAAUGAAUGAAGUCAGAACGAGUUCUGGGAUGUUUCUUGACAAGGCACAGGAUGAAGUAGUUGCUGAUGUGGAAGCCCGAAUUGCUGCAUGGACAUUCCUUCCUAUAGAGAAUGGUGAGUCAUUGCAAAUAUUGCGCUAUGAGAAUGGUCAGAAGUACGAACCACACUUAGAUUACUUCGACGACGAAACUAAUCAAAUAAUGGGUGGCCAUCGCAUUGCCACUGUAUUGAUGUACUUGUCUGAUGUUGAGAAGGGUGGGGAAACCAUUUUUCCCAAUUUUGAGUUGUCGCAGCCAAAAGAUGAGAGUUGGUCUGAAUGUGCUCACGAAGGAUAUGCAGUGAAACCUGUAAAGGGUGAUGCCUUGUUGUUCUUCAGUCUUCAUCCUGACGCAACUCCGGAUACAAAAAGCUUGCAUGGAAGCUGCCCAGUGAUUGAGGGUGAGAAGUGGUCUGCAACUAAGUGGAUUCGUGUGAGUGACUUUGAUAAACCAGUGAGGAGAGUGAAUAGUGGAGAGUGUGUAGAUGAAGAUGAGAAUUGCUCUUUGUGGGCUAAAAUAGGUGAAUGUGAGAAGAACCCACUCUAUAUGGUUGGCAGAGGAGUAAGAGGAGGCUGUAUGAAGAGUUGCAAUGUUUGCUCUUCUUAGGGAGUUCUUACAAUUUCAUUGUUAUUAAAUGCAUGUAGGGUCAUAAUACAUUCUACAUAACAUUCAUUUUUGCUUAACUGCAACAUGGUAUUGUAAUUCUAUACCUGGUUUUGAUACUGUUUUCUAAAAUCUCAAAAUGUUUAGCCAUAUAUUUGUUGCUUCCUGUCAUUUUUCAUACAUUUUGGAGAGUGCUCUCGCUCUGUUAGCUAUACUUAAUUGUUAUGACUUCUCUUUUUC